AUGGGAGUCGACCAUACGCCAGAAAAGAAGGAAGAAGACACUAGCUGCAAGUUGCUGAUCCACCAGCGUGGCCAAAUCAAACGGAGAGUCACGCUCAUCAAUCGCAGUCUGAAGGAAGCCAAAGAUGACCCAACAACGGUGACUUCAACAUUGCUGAAGGUCUUCGCGAAAAAACUCGAGGUGCACUACCAAGAGUACACAACUUUGCAUCGAGAGAUAAUGCAAGCAUGCCCGGCAUCGAAGCUAGACGAACAGGAUGAAGCGCUCAUAACAUUCGAUGCGCUUCACACCGAGGCAAUGGAGAGACUAGAGCAGCUAUCCGGAACGCAGCCGCAAACCAAUGCUCCGGCAACUAGCACGAUGCAAACCCCGGUCAUGAUACAGCAGCAGCCAUUGCGAGCUCCGAUUCCCAGCUUCGAUGGAAAGGUUGAAAACUGGCCGAAGUUCCAGACGAUGUUUGAUGACAUUGUCAUUCGCAGCAACGUAUCCGAUGCCAUGAAGCUUCAUCAUUUGGAUAAAGCUCUCGUCGGUGAUGCUUCUGGAUGGAUAACGGCGAAGAUGAUCCAAGACAACAAUUUCCAGCUGACCUGGAAACAGCUGAAGGAAAGGUUCGAGAACCCUCGUGUCAUCGUCGACACUCAUCUAGCUGGCCUGUUGGAACUGAAAGCUAUUCUAAAGAGAAACCACAAGGAUCUGAUGGAGCUUGUGAAAACAGUCAAUCGGCACGUUGGAGGUCUACAGUACCAAGGCAUCCAAGUCGAUGUGAUGUCCGGUCUGCUGCUGACAAAAAUCAUCACUGCACGGCUCGAUGACCAGACUCUGCAGCUAUGGGAACGGACUCAAGAGCAUGGGAAAUUACCAAAUUUCGACCAGAUUAUGACAUUUUUGCAGAGCGAAUGUCAAGUUCUGGAAAGGUUCCAGAAUCGAACCCAAGCUGCUGUAAAGGAAGGAAACCUUAAACCGACGAUUGGGAAGCUCCAAAGAGAUAUCGAGGAACAGAAAAACGAAGAGCAAUGCUGCAUCGCCACCACUGCCUCACUUCCCGAGACCAUGAAGAGAUUUUGGGAGAUUGAAGAAAUCGAAGAUGCCGACGAACCCACGGAACAUGAGGCAUGCGAAAAGAGUUUUAUUGAAACUCACCAUCGAGAUAAGGACGGAAGAUACGUUGUCGCCCUGCCCUUCCGCGAGUUUCCACCCCAACUGAAAGACAACAGAGAGCUGGCCCUACGUCGCUUCGUUUCACUUGAACGACGAAUGAAAAAGGAUUCUUCCCUGAAGCUCCAGUAUACUAAGUUUAUUGACGACUACGAAACUCUCGGCCACUGUCAAGAAAUCAGAGAAGAAUUCGAUGAACCGAACAAACCCUGCUUCUACAUGCCUCACCAUGCGGUUCUACGGCCAUCUAGCUCCAGUACAAAGCUUCGUGUAGUCUUCGAUGCGUCGGCAAAGUCUUCUGCAUCCGACGUAGCUCUUAACCAAGCCCUCAUGGUGGGAGCAACAGUACAGAACGACAUCUUUGUCAUCCUCGUUCGAUUCCGGAAGCACUUCAUCGUAUUCACAGCUGAUAUAUCUAAGAUGUAUCGACAGAUUAAGGUCAUUCCUGCUCAUUCGUGCUUCCAACGCAUCUUUUGGCGUGCUGACGCAGCACUUCCUCUUCGUGUUCUUGAGUUGAAAACGGUCACAUAUGGAACAGCAUGCGCCCCAUUCCUUGCAACCAGAUGCCUGCUUCAGUUGAGCAACGAUGAAGCCAUCUCUUUCCCAAGGGCUGCUAAAAUCAUCCGUGAAGACUGUUACGUCGAUGAUAUCCUGUCUGGAGCAAGCACCGUACCAGAGGCCCUCGAGUGUCAGAGCCAGCUCCUUGGCAUCCUGAAAUCAGCUGGGUUCCCUGUCCACAAAUGGAGCUCUAAUUCACCUGAGCUGCUGCAACACAUUCCUGAACCUGAACGAGAAAAGCUAGUAAGUCUGAGCGACAGCUGCGAAGGAGUACUAAAAACGCUGGGAUUGACUUGGAGUCCACAGCGAGAUGAAUUUGCAUUCGUCACCAAUCAUCUCACCGACAAGCCGAAUUUGUUAACAAAACGAUCCGUCCUGUCCGAGAUAAGCAAACUGUUCGACCCGAUCGGCCUGCUUUCGCCAGUCAUCAUCAUCGCCAAACUCAUAAUGCAAAAGAUUUGGCUAGCGGGAAUCCCGUGGGACACCUACCUGGAAGGAGACCUGCUGCAGGAGUGGCUACAAUUUCGGACUUCCCUUCAAAACGUAAGCCGCAUCAGAAUUCCCAGGUGCGUCGUGAUGCCGAGUUACAUCGCUGUUGAAAUUCACGGAUUCUCGGAUGCAUCUAAAUUGGCCUACGGAGCAGCGUUGUAUCUUCGUUGUAUUCUUCCCGAUGGGACUGCAAGUCUUCGUUUGAUGUGCAGCAAAUCCAAGGUUGCUCCUGUGAAGCAAGUCACCAUCCCACGCAUGGAGCUGCUAGGAGCUUAUCUUCUAGCGAAGAUGAUUUCAAAGGUCUUAGGAACGUUUGACUUCAACAUCAGUAACGUCGUUCUCUGGUUAGACAGCCAGAUAGUCCUCGCUUGGAUUAAGAAACCACUUGCAUCCCUGCAAGUUUUUGUACGGAAUCGCAUCGAAAAAAUCCGUCAACUCACCGAAUCGCUGGAAGUACAAUGGAGGUACAUCUCGACGAAGGAGAACCCUGCAGACAUUGUAUCCCGAGGUAUGUUGCCGGAGGCAUUGCUUACAAAUGAUCUCUGGUGGUCAGGUCCCAAGUUCCUUCAGUGCGUCGAUUAUGACGUAGAGAUUCCAGAAGAGCUACCUGAUGAAGGUGUUCCAGAAUUAAGAGUGACACCCAUUAUUGCAACGCUUGUUAUGAACCAAAACAAGCUACCUGUAUUUUCGAAGUACAGUUCAUUUCGUAAACUCCAACGAGUGAUUGCCCUGGUUCAACGGUUCAUCCACAACUGCCGAGAGAAGGACGUUUCAAAACGUAUCACCAGCCAUUGUCCUAUUAUUCCUGAACUUCGAAGCGCUCUGGAACUCAUCGUACAGGUUAUCCAACGCGAAACACUAACUGAUGAAAUUCAACGAGUGGAAAACAACGAGCCAUGUAAAAAGAUUUACGCCCUGCACCCGAUAAUCGUCAACGGCAUUUUGCGUGUCGGAGGAAGACUUCAGAAUUCCAACCUCUCAUUGUCCAGUAAACAUCAAAUUCUACUUCCACGGCAUCUAAUUACGGACCUCAUCAUCCAAGCGUAUCACCAAGAACUUCUACACAUUGGACCAUCCGGGUUGUUGGCAGCCCUUCGUUUGAAAUUUUGGCUGAUUGACGGAAGAUCGUCAGUUCGAAAAAUAACCAGAUCCUGUGUUCGUUGCUUCCGGUCCAAGCCACGAAGUUCCAGUCAAUUAAUGGGAAAUCUGCCUUCAUGCCGAGUUACUCAAGCACAUCCGUUCGAGAAGACUGGAGUUGACUACGCUGGUCCGGUUCAAGUUAAGGAGGGUCGGUAUAAACCUCGCCUGGUGAAGGCAUACAUUGCCGUGUUCGUGUGCAUGGCAACGAAAGCGAUACAUCUAGAAUUGGUUUCGGACUUGUCAAGCGAAGCCUUUCUUGCGGCGUUUCACCGAUUCACCAGUCGACGAGGAUUGAGCAAGGAGAUUUUUUCGGACAAUGGAUGCAACUUCAAGGGAGCUAACUCGGAGCUACAUGAGCUGUACCAAUUAUUUCGGAAACGAGAAACCGUCGAGCAAAUCGAGGAAUACUGCCAGCCAAAGGAAAUCUUGUGGCAUUUCAUCCCACCCGAAGCACCAAAUUUUGGAGGUCUGUGGGAGGCCGCUGUCAAGAGCACCAAGUAUCAUCUCAAGCGAACGCUAAAGGACUCGAAACUAACCUUCGAAGAGUAUGCGACGGUGCUAACCCAGAUUGAGGCGAUCCUAAAUUCUCGACCGCUUUUCGCAAUAUCCUCUGAUCCCUCCGAUCCUGAAGUCAUCACUCCAGGUCACUUUCUGGUGGGUCGUCCUCUGAUUGCUACACCGGAGCCAAGCUACGAUAAUAUACCGAUGAAUCGAUUAUCUCGGUGGCAAUACCUGCAGCAACUACGAGAGAAAUUCUGGAACCAAUGGAGGAAAGACUAUUUGCAGAGCCUGCAACCGCGCAAUUUGGCACCAGCCGACUUCUGGCUGUUCAACAAGCUAAAACGGCCGCUUCGGGGACACCGUUUUCACACUAUCGAGGAGAUAGAAGCCGCAGCGACGGCGGAACUAUAG